CUACACAUUGACACAAUAGUGGGGUGUCAACUAAAGAACCUUCCUGACACCUUGACACUGAUGAUUUUGAAAUAAUUCACAAGUGGUUCAACUAUAGAGGUCUAAUGUAUAUCGAACAGUCUUAUUUUGUAGUGAUUGCUUUCUUCAUGACAGGCUCACACAAGUGACAUGGAGUUUGCACUGUGACUUCUUACGACUGAGGCAUAAUUUAGCGCCUAUUAUUUAUUUGGCGUCAGUUCACUUCUUUUCAAUAAUUCAUUGCACCACAGGCAUCUCAAGGUGUUAUGAGAGCAUGCUGAACAUUGCUUGCUUUUUUGUUUGGAGUUGGAGGGCCUGUUAAACUCUCAGCAUUCUGCUCAAAGCCUAGCUGCUAGUGGGAGGAUGAGAGAGACAGCCACACACACAUCACAGCCAUACUAAAUAAGGUCCCGCUCCACCACCUAGUGUAGUGAUUUGUGUCUUAUGUAACAGUGCAAGAAUAGAGAGAAUAGCCUGAAAAAAGAAAGACAACUGGUGCAUCCUUUAGUCAGUUUUUGAAAGUGUAUUGCCACAGUUGUGGACCGUUUGUUUUGCUGCAUUGGUGAGGCUCGGCAGUGAGGAGCCUUUGGAGGGUUUCCAAAUGUAAAGCCGGACUUGAUUGGAGGACUUGUGUUGCAGUCCCCAGGUGAAUCCAAUCUGACACCCCAUCUCACCUGACACAAUUAGCCUGCAACACCUCCUCCACCUCCCCCACUCUUCCACCCACAUGUUUACCACCCCGCCAUUCACUCUGCUCAGACAAAACUGUUUAGUCUAGCUAAACUCAUGAACUUCCUUCCCCAUAGAAACGUAGCCACUCAUACUUUAUAUAGUCAUACUUUACCAUGGAGCUAGAGGCUGUUCUGUACAUCUCUGAGGACGUCAUGGACUCCUUCAGCACCAAGAACCUGGCGCUGCAGGCCCAGAAGAAGCUGAUGAGCAAGAUGGCAAACAAGACGGUGGCCAACAUGUUCAUCGAUGACACCAGCAGCGAGGUGCUGGACGAGCUGUACCGCGUGACCAAGGAGUACACGCGGAACCGGAAGGAGGCGCAGAAGAUCAUCAAGAACCUCAUCAAGAUGGUGGUGAAGCUGGGCGUGCUCUACCGCAACAACCAGUUCAGCGCCGACGAGCUGGCGCUGGUGGAGGCCUUCCGCAAGAAGGUGCACACGCUGGCCAUGACGGCGGUCAGCUUCCACCAGAUCGAGUUCACGUUCGACCGGCGCAUCAUGAGCGGCAUCCUCAACGAGUGCCGCGAGCUGCUCCACCAGGCCAUCAACCGCCACCUCACCGCCAAGUCGCACUCCCGCAUCAACCACGUCUUCAACCACUUUGCUGACUGUGACUUCCUGGCGACGCUCUACGGGCCCACCGACGUCUACCGAGGCCACCUGCAGAGGAUUUGUGACGGCGUGAACAAGAUGUUGGAUGAAGGCAACCUCUGACCUCUCACCACCCUCUAUUCUCUUCCUCCAUCAUCUCCAUUUUUUAUAAAACAAAACAGUGUGUGUUUGUGAACAUUUUACAUGUUUUUCUGUGUGCCUUUCAGUCUUUGUGUGUCCCCUAUUCACAAGACAACUCCAAGAUAUCUCCAGACUCAAGACACUUUGCCCCUUUCCUAUCAUUUAUGAUGAUCCUUAUAAUGCAGACAGACACUUCCUUUGAUGACUGAACUAUCUACCUAAAACGGUCUUUCACUGAAAGCCUAUGAUCAAAUUUGUGAGAGGAUGUUGCGACCUAGUGCAGUCUAAGGACAUUACCAUGAGCCAACAAGCCCUAAUGCCUAUAGUGAGAAUAUGAUGAACUUAAAGCACAACUUGAAGCAAAACAAGCACUGCAGUUUCUUAAGUAUACUAACAUGUUGAAGGACCAUUUAUGAUUACAGGUAGGAUAUGAAUGUAUAUGUAAUCCUGAGUUUACAUGUAAUCCCCAGCACUAUCCCCAUACCUGCUUUAUUCUCGUCUAUGCACAGGUGUGUUUGUUUUAGUGGAAAGUAGCUCUUAGAUAACAGCAAGACCAAAGCCUGUUUGUGUAAACCAUGUAGCUGGUGCUUAACAAACCUGACCUUUAUUUUGGAACUGUAAUGUAUAUAUUUGUCAUAUUAUGAAAUCCCAUGUUAUGAGACUCACCAGUACCUUAAAUAUAGUGUAGAUUCAGUGUAGAGCUCAAAUAUUUUAUGAUUUUUAAUUGAAAUGCAGUACUAGCAUGGCUCUAGACCUGUUGAUUUUAUAAUAGGAAUAACGAAUGGAUUGUACUGAUUGUACUCAUUUCGGAUUUUACCCAGAGACCAGGAUCUAGUAUUUUAGUAGUAUUCGCUUACAGCCCACUCUAAACCCUGUACCCCAAGCUAAUGUGAUAGAGAUAGCUAGAAAUCUGCUCUCUGAUGCAAGUCCUCAAGCAGGAAUGAAGUUUGAUGUGAAUAAUCUACUUGCCUCUAUGAUGCUACUCUGCACACACAGGCUCUUCUAGAUUUAUUUUUAUAUUGCUGUUUGUGAAAGACAUGUUAUUCUCAUUUAAUGUUGUCUCUGGCGAAGAUCAGAGACUCUUGGAAGACCGUCUAUUCAUGGGAUACACCAGAGGAGUAAUCGUUCUGUCACUGAAUCAAAACCUGUAGCAGCUCUGCCAAAGAGGUUUCAAAUGAAUGUUUUAAAGUCACAGUAGAGGACCCAAACAUUCCCAAGGAGGUUUUGUUUUGGAAUGCUGUGUUUACAUUCCACAGGAAGCUCAGCUUUGGAAUGCUACUAUACAUUAUCUAUGCACUUAGUAGAUUAGUGGUUAAUAUUUUUGUAUUUUCUAAAUAUACAUCUCCCAGCUGUAAAGUGAUCACCUGUUGGACUGUUCUGUUGGUUAUGUGACACUUGAGCUCAUGAAUAAAGGAUUUGAAAGAGUA